AUGCCUGCCCGGGACGACACCAUGGCUCUCACGCUCAAGGCGUGGUACGUGCGUGUGCAGUGCGGUGUCAGGAGAUGGGAUGGGAUGGGAUGGGAUGGGAGGGAGUGGUACUUUUUGCCCCUAUUCACUCUGGGCGUGAAGAUACCUGCCUGGGGCGACGCGAUGGCUCUCUCGCUCAACGUGUGGUAUGUGUGUGUGCAGUGCAGUCCCAUACCCUCGCACGGACCACCUCUCGCAUACGUGUACCGUGUACCCAUACCCAUCCGUACCACUCUGUAUCCCUCUCCGCACCCCAGCAGCGAUAGAAACGUGGUGGAGUGGUUCAAGACGACCUGGGAGCGAGUGCAGUUCCACUCCAGCACAGACCACCACACCACUCACAUCCGUGUGCACCCAUACCCACGCGGACCCACGUGUACCCACCUGUACCACUCUCUAUCUCUCACCAGGAGCAACAGGGACGUGGUGGUGUGGAGCAACAGGGAUGUGGUGGUGUGGUUCAAGACGACGUGGGAGCGAGUGAAGUUCCACCCGCACACGGACGACAUUGCGCUGCCCAUGCUGCCGUACCAAAAGAGCUUGCAUGCCACGGCUGAGCGGCUGCUAGCACGUCUGCCUCGCCCACUCAUUGCUGUUCACUUCCGCUCCGAGUUCAUCGCUUUCAGAGUGCAAGAGGACAUGGUGAGUCAGGGCGGCAAGGCGAACGCAAGCAUGGUGCAGCAGCGGCUGGACUGGUGUGUGGGCGAGGCUGAGCGCCUUAUCACCUCCGUCCGCGACUCGCUCUCUCACUCCUCCACCGGUGGCAACAGCACCAACCCCCCCAGUAGCAGCAGCAGCGGUGGCAACAGCAGCACGGGCAGUGGCAGUGGUCCAUCGGUGUUCAUCGCAGCCGACGUGCCGUUCAACGAGUCUGCCGCCCCGGCGCGGUCCGACUCGUGGACGGAGAUGGUUCAGUGGUACGACGGGGACAGCCGCGUGCUCAAAUCGUCGUCCGCUGCGCUGCACCGCCUGAGAAGAAACGUGCACGGGACUGUUAUGAUCGAUGAGAUCAUGCCGGAGGUCAACGAGUUCGACCCAGGCGUGGUGGCCAUUCUAGACAAGCUGGUGUGUGCGCAUGCAAACGUGUUCCUGGCGGGGUCGUGGGCCUGUGGGGGCGGCAGGGGGUAUGAAACGGACAUUAUGAAACACCGCCGGCAGGCUGGUUACUCUGAUGACACACUGAAGCGAUGGGCGGAAGAGCAGUGA